UCACAACGUCAUAUCAUUAAAAGAAAUGAUUGUACUUCUCAGAUAAAUCCGAUUAAAAUUGAAAAUGAAUAUGAUUUGCUUCCUAAAAUUGAGCAACUAAGUAUUCACGUUGAUGAGGAUAUUCAUUUGGAAUAUGUUGGAAAAAUUGCUGAUAUAGUUGAUUGUCUUGCGUUGCAGGUUUAUGACGUAAUUGGUUCUAUAUCGGAUCCACUUUAUGCAAUUCGUUUUAAUACUGUGGAAGAGGCAAAAGAAUAUAAGAAGGGAGAUUCGGUGUAUUUUGCCCCUAAAAUCGAUCAGUUUACCCAUACACUUUUUCCUGAGCAGAUGAUAAAGUUAAUUUUCUUAGAAAAAAUUGGUGAUGAUUUUUGGGAUGGUGAAGGUGAAUGCCCGGUCAAUGAGAUGGUUUUUAGUGACGAUGAAUCAGAACGAAAUUUUUUGGAAGGAAGUAAAAAGCCAAAAGAAAACAGAGGUAGUUAUUGUUCUAUUUUUUAUUAUUGUUCAUACAGAUUAUAA